AUGGCUGCAUAUGCGCAGUUUGGAUACGCUGGCUACCCGACGGCAAAUCAGCUGACUACCGCCAAUACCGACAGCCAGAGCGGCCAUGGCGGAGGAUCACCGCUGUCCGGCACGAAUGAGGCUUCGCUGAGUCCCUCGGGCGGCUCGACGGCCACCGGCCUGACUGCCGGUCCUCUGAGUCCAGGUGCAGUUUCCCAGUCGUCGCAUCAUGCGGGCCACAAGGGUCUGUCCACAUCGCCGGCGGAGGAUGUGGUUGGUGGCGGUGGCGAUGUGCCCGUUGGCCUUUCAUCUGCCGCCCAGGACUUGCCCAGCCGGGGAUCCUGUUGCGAGAACGGCAGACCCAUCAUCACGGAUCCCGUGUCCGGCCAAACCGUGUGCUCCUGCCAGUACGAUCCGGCCAGACUCGCCAUCGGUGGCUACUCCCGCAUGGCCCUGCCCUCCGGCGGCGUGGGAGUUGGCGUCUACGGCGGACCGUAUCCCUCCAACGAACAGAACCCGUACCCCAGCAUCGGAGUGGACAACUCGGCCUUCUACGCACCUCUGAGCAAUCCCUACGGCAUCAAGGACACCAGUCCCAGCACCGAGAUGAGCGCCUGGACAUCCGCCAGCCUGCAGUCAACCACCGGAUACUAUUCCUACGAUCCCACGCUGGCGGCCUACGGAUACGGACCCAACUAUGAUCUCGCCGCCAGACGGAAGAACGCCACGCGGGAAUCCACGGCCACGUUGAAGGCCUGGCUGAGCGAGCACAAGAAGAAUCCGUAUCCCACGAAGGGCGAGAAGAUCAUGCUGGCCAUCAUCACCAAGAUGACCCUCACCCAGGUGUCCACGUGGUUUGCCAAUGCUCGUCGCCGGCUGAAAAAGGAGAACAAGAUGACGUGGGAGCCCAAGAAUAAGACGGAGGACGAUGAUGAUGGCAUGAUGUCCGACGAUGAGAAGGAAAAGGAUGCCGGCGACGGUGGGAAACUCUCUACAGAAGCUUUCGAUCCCGGCAAUCAACUUAUCAAAUCCGAACUGGGCAAGACGGAGAAGGACGUGGACAGUAGUGGUGACCAGAAACUGGAUCUGGACCGGGAGCCACACAAUCUGGUGGCCAUGCGUGGACUGGCGCCUUAUGCCACGCCUCCCGGCGCCCAUCCCAUGCACGCGGCCUACAGUUCGUAUGCGCAAUCCCACAACACGCAUACGCACCCGCAUCCCCAGCAAAUGCAACACCACCAACAGCAGCAGCAGCAGCAGCAGAAUCAGCAGCAGCUGCAGCACCAUCAAAUGGAGCCGUACUAUCAUCCGGGUGGCUAUGGCCAGGAGGAAUCGGGUGACUUUGCGGCCCAAAAAAACCCGCUGAGCAGAGACUGUGGCAUCCCAGUUCCGGCGAGCAAGCCCAAGAUCUGGAGCGUGGCCGACACAGCCGCCUGCAAGACACCACCGCCCACCGCGGCGUACCUCGGCCAGAACUUCUAUCCGCCCUCAUCGGCGGACCAGCAGUUGCCCCAUCAGCCGCUCCAGCAUCAGCAACAACAGCUGCAGCAGUUGCAGCAGCAGCAGCAACAGCAGCACCACCACCCGCACCACCAUCAUCCGCACCACUCGAUGGAGCUCGGUUCGCCGCUGAGUAUGAUGAGCAGCUACGCCGGCGGAUCGCCAUAUUCGCGGAUACCUACGGCGUACACCGAGGCCAUGGGCAUGCAUCUGCCCAGCAGCAGCAGUUCCAGUUCCUCCACCGGCAAGCUGCCACCCACUCACAUCCAUCCGGCGCCGCAGCGGGUGGGGUUUCCCGAGAUCCAGCCCGAUACUCCGCCCCAGACACCACCCACUAUGAAGCUGAACAGCAGCGGCGGCAGCAGCAGCAGCAGCGGGAGCAGCCACAGUUCCUCGAUGCAUUCCGUCACGCCGGUGACGGUGGCUUCCAUGGUCAACAUUUUGUACAGUAAUACGGACAGUGGUUACGGACACGGUCAUGGACAUGGCCACGGACACGGACAUGGACUCGGGCAUGGACAUGGACAUGGGCACAUGGGCGUCUCUAGUAAUGCCUAUCUGACGGAGGGUGGGCGUUCCGGGUCGUAAUUCGACCUUGAACCGGUUAGUGGAGAGCAGUUAGCAGUUACCAGUUACCAGAUACCAAAUAGCAAGCGAAACUACUUACACAUUUCGAGAUGGCGGGACAAGUGCAAGUUGGCGGGCAAUCCGCGAUUACGAUUACGAGUACGUUUAACAGAUAGCGAUAACUACACUAAUUAUUUUGCAAUAAAUGUAGCUUAAGUAUGGCAAUAAAACUUUAUUUCCUACCAUAUCAUAAA